AUGGGAAUAACGAAGAACAGGGUGACAAACGAAUACUCAUUCCUGUACAAGAGGUUGGUGACGGCCAAAGAGAAGUGGAAAGAGUUGUACCGGCCCUUACAACCAGCAUUAGAAAGUUUCCACAAGAGCAAGAUGAAUUUUAAGGUACUGCUGAGAACUAUUAUUACAUUUUAUUUCAUCGUUAUUUUUUUUCCUGAUAAAUUCAGUCAACCAUAAACAGUGAUAAAUGCGCGAAAAAUCCCAAUCAGUAGCGCUGUUUCUGAUGAAGAAAGUGCACUCAGUAGGUUAGGAACUUAUCACUAAGAGUCACAGGUGGGCGAUCCGAACGGGCAUUUUUCUCGAGCGCGAAGCGCGAGUGGGAGAUAUUUUUAUGUUCCACGGCAAAACUGGAGUGGCAUCUAACCGGAACCGGAAAUAACAAGCGAAGGACUUUGAGAAAGUCUAUGUACUUGAGAGUACAUAGACUUUCUCAAAGUCCUUCGCUUCUUAUUUCCAGACUAUCGGCCAAUUUGUUUCCAGCAGUGAUUUAAAGUCUUUAAAGUGGAAUGUCCACGUGUCGGAAUUAGUAAGAAAGGUCUCAAAAUGAUUAUAUUUUCUAAGGCAACUUAAAAAAAAUCGCAUUUUGCUUCAACUAGAGGGCUAAUUCUUUUUUACAUCACAUGUAUUUGCUCCAUUUUGGAGUAUGGCAGUCCAGUUUUUGACGCGCUCGAGCCAAGUUAUCUAAGAAAAGACCUAGAAAGACUGCAAAUAAAACGCGCUCUGAAGAGUAUAUACCCUCAGUGA